CAACUUUCCUUUUGGCCAGCACGCUGGCGGCAUGCACGUAGUCUCAUUGCCGCUGGGCUCAAGAUGCUUGAUUCUUGAUCCGAUUCCGAACCGAAUGUCCAUCUAUGCCAUGCUUCCACAGGACCUUGGCACCAAUCAUUGCAUCACUGGCUUUUUCGGAUGAUGUGGGCUACAAUGAUGACGCAGUGCUGUUGCAACGAAGAUCUUUGGUCCCAAAGUUUGUAUUUGUCCACAUUGCCAAAACUGCUGGAACUUCAUUCCAAGUCGAUGGAGGCAGUCUGGUUCAGCCUGCAAUGGAGUUCUUUCACAACGGGGAGGCCUGUUUUGACGUGACUGAGACUUUAUUGCCCAAUGCAACUUACGCAGUCUUGUUUCGAAGCCCUGUGCCGCACAUCCUGUCGCAGUUCCUGCAUUGUAAAGAAUUUGUUCUUCCAGCUGCGGGGUUUUGCAAAAGCUUCGCAGAAGGCGACGUAUACGAAGGGUUCGACAGGUGGGUUGCAUACUUCGAGAAACUUCGAGGAAAACCUCAUCCCACUGAUUUUGAGGGUUUGCGCAAAGAGGCCUUCAACUGCUACAACCCAUGGAACAUGCAGACGAGGUAUUUCGCUCAGCAAACCGACCAAGAAAUUGGCACGCACGAGUGGCACUGCCACGUGACGUUGAACUCGUAUGAACCAAGUGCAGAGAGGGCGAAGCGUAUCUUGACAGAGCGGGUCCACUUCUUGGGCAUUAGCGACAUGUACACGGAGACUUUGUGCCUGCUGCAUUUUUUGAUGCACAACGACGUGCCCCAUACAUGUUCUUGUGGUGGGCCGGGGCCCUUGAAGGAAAUGAGCCAUGACGAUCAUGGUCUUCCGGAGCAUGGGGUUGAUGAACUACCAAGACAUUUGCAUGAGCAACUCUCGGAGUUCGUGCAAGAAGAUAUAAGGCUUUAUGCGUUUGCCCUAGAUCGGUUUGAGGCUGAGCUGCGACGGGCAUCCAAAAGCACUGGGGUUCAGAUGGUGUGUGAAGAUCGUUUCAAAGAACUCAGGGCAGAGAUUGUGCGUGUACAGAGCUUUCAAUCAAAUUGAAAUGCUUUCCAGGACAGCGGCUCGGGGCGUCAAAGGUGGGCA